AUGCCGUCUGCAGUAAAACCGCCGCAGACCCUGUACGACAAGGUCUUUGAAGACCACAUCGUCGAAGAGAAGGAGGAUGGCACAAUCCUUCUGUAUAUUGAUAGGCAUCUUGUCCACGAAGUGACAUCACCACAAGCAUUCGAGGGUCUCCGAAACGCCGGCCGCCGAGUACGAAGACCAGACUGCACCCUCGCCACAGUCGACCACAACAUCCCUACCGCCUCGCGGAAAAACCUCACCACGACCGAGAAAUUCAUCGAAGAGACCGACUCGCGGUUACAAUGCAUGACUCUCGAGGAGAACGUCAAGGCCUUCGACCUCACAUACUUUGGCCUUGACGACAAGAGGCAGGGCAUCGUGCACAUCAUCGGACCUGAACAGGGCUUCACGCUGCCCGGCACCACAGUCGUAUGCGGUGACAGUCACACAUCCACACAUGGCGCUUUCGGUGCUCUCGCCUUUGGUAUCGGUACCAGCGAGGUAGAACACGUCUUGGCCACCCAGACCAUCAUCACACAGCGGAGUAAGAACAUGAAGGUUCAGGUCGACGGAGAACUCGGACCUGGUGUUGGCAGCAAGGACAUUAUCCUGCACGUCAUUGGCAAGAUUGGCACGGCUGGAGGAACAGGUGCCGUCAUCGAGUUCUGUGGCUCGGCUAUCCGCGGCUUGAGCAUGGAGGCGCGUAUGUCGAUUUGCAACAUGUCAAUCGAAGGUGGCGCACGAGCUGGUAUGAUCGCGCCUGAUCAGAUCACUAUCGAUUAUCUCAAGGGAAAGACCCUUGCACCCAAGGUCGACAGCCCAGAGUGGAAGAAAGCUUGCAACUACUGGCUUGGACUUAAGUCCGACGAGGGCGCCAAAUACGACAUUGAGGUCUCGAUUGACGCAAAGGACAUUGCCCCGACAGUCUCUUGGGGCACUUCGCCACAGGAUGUCAUCCCCAUCACUGGCGUUGUACCUGGACCCGACGACUUUGAGGAUGCGACCAAGAAGCUGGCGUGCGAACGUGCUCUGAAGUAUAUGGGCCUGACUGCCGGCACCCCGAUGCAGGAGAUUCCCCUUGACAAGAUCUUCAUCGGAUCCUGCACAAAUGCUCGUAUCGAGGAUCUUCGGUCAGCUGCUCAAAUCGUUGAGGGCAAGAAGGUGGCUUCUAACAUCAAGCGUGCUAUGAUCGUCCCGGGUUCUGGUCUGGUUAAGAAGCAGGCAGAGGCCGAAGGUCUUGACAAGAUCUUCAGUGAUGCCGGGUUCGAGUGGAGAGAGGCUGGAUGCUCAAUGUGCUUGGGCAUGAACCCCGACAUUCUGUCACCUGGCGAGCGAUGUGCGUCAACCUCCAACCGAAACUUCGAGGGCCGACAGGGUGCUGGUGGCCGAACACAUCUCAUGUCGCCUGCUAUGGCCGCCGCUGCCGCUAUCGUAGGAAACCUUGCCGAUGUACGGAAACUCGCCCCGCAGGCUCCGGCACAGGCUAAGGGCUCACCGAAGAUCGAGCUGGACGCUCAAGUCGAGCCUCCCAGCAGUGACGAAGAGUUCGAAAAGAUUAUGGACCUUCCCAGCUCUGGACCUCAGCACACCGCCUCGAACACUAGCAGCACAGGCAGCGCCUCAGCCGGUAUGCCCAAGUUCGAGACUCUUCGCGGAUACGCGGCGCCCAUGGACGUGGCAAACAUCGACACCGACGCCAUUAUCCCCAAGCAGUUCCUCAAGACCAUCAAGCGUUCUGGUCUCGGCAGUGCUCUCUUCCACGCCUGGCGCUUCGAAGCUGGCAGUGACAAGGAAGACCCAUCCUUUGUACUGAACAAGGAGCCUUACCGCAACUCAAAGAUUCUAGUAUGCACAGGACCCAACUUUGGCUGCGGUUCAAGUCGCGAGCACGCACCCUGGGCGCUCCUCGAUUUCGGCAUCAAAUGCAUCAUCGCCCCAUCGUUCGGCGACAUCUUCUUUAACAACACCUUCAAGAACGGCAUGCUGCCCAUCCGUAUCGGAGACGAGGCUGUCCUGAAACGCGUCGCUGACGAAGCGAACGCUGGCAAAGAAAUCGAAGUCGACCUUCCCAACCAAGUCAUCCGUGCUGCGGAUGGAACCGAACUGGCCAAGUUUGAAGUUGAGGAGUUCAGGAAACAUUGCCUUGUUAACGGACUCGAUGACAUUGGCCUGACCAUGGCCAACGUCGACAAGAUCGAGAAGCAUGAGCAGAAGCGCACAGCCGUCUGGCCUUGGCUGGAUGGAAGUGGGUACUUGAAGAGGCAUGGACGCGGACCGGUCAAGGUCCAGGCGCAACCGGUGCCCAAGACCAACCGUGGAGAGGAGAUUACCGAACCACUGGAGUGGUAG